UCUUGUUCGAGCUCCGAGCUCCCGCUUCGCCGGCGAUGGGGAAGGGGACGGACAGGCUGGUGAGGGCGCUAAAGCUGCGUGCCGACCUCCACUGGAAGGCCUUCACGGAGCGCCAUGGCCAGCAAAUCAUUGAUCUUCUCGACCUCCCCAUUAAGAUCGUGCUCGCCCCCUUCACCCUCGCCAACGACCUCGCUGGCUCCGCUCAGCGUGGUUUCGGCAUUCCUGAGCUCGCUUCGCACCUCUCCUUCUCUGCCAUCUUUGUGGUGGCGACGCUGGGGACGUAUGACAUUGCUCUGGAGCUUGGGAAGAAAGUUUUAUGUCAGAGGAAUUGUCGAACAUGCAAUGGAUGGCAAGGAUUAAGAUGUACCAUGUGCAAGGGUACUGGGAAAGUGCACUAUCAAGUGAAGAGUUAUAGCUCGAAAAGUGGAGAAAGGGCAACGGCUGAGUCUGUUGCUGAAGCCAUUGCUGAGAACCGGGCUGAGUUGGUCCACCUACCGUCAGCUAUUGAUUUGUCUGUUGCACUACCUUCCAAAGAAUGCCCAAACUGUGAUGGAUCUGGUGUGAUGGGCUGCCCUGAUUGCAAACAUAAAUUGCAAGUCAGGAUCUCUGCAGAUGAUAUUAUGGAGCCCCCAUGGAAAGCUUAUAAUGUGUUGAGAAGGAUGGAUUACCCCUAUGAGAAUAUUGUUCAUAGCAUGAGGGACCCAAAGAUUGCUGCCUUCUGGUUAUUUACAUAUCCUCAAAUUUUGGGAGGAUUCGCCUAUGAUGAUGAUGUCAAGCAAAAGAUUUGGUGGGCAUACAAAGAAUCAAUGCGUUAUGAUCAACUCCGAGAUGAGGUUGCCAAACAUGAACCUGGUUGGGAGCAUCUACAAAAGGCUCUAAUAUCAUUAGAUCCAGUUCGUGCAAAGGAUGAUCCUGUGAUUGUCAAAAAUGUUCCUUAUUACAAGGCAAAGAAAGUAUUAGAGUCUGAAGUGAUGAAGUUGGAUGCCCCACCUCGACCUGAAAAUUGGGGAGAACUAGAUCUUCCACUGAGUGCAACUUCUUGGACGGAGGAAGAGCUGAGAGAUCCAAAGAAAUUACUAGAGAUGACAACUCUUCUAAAUGCCCAAAGGGAGAUGGCAGACAAGAUCCUAGAUGCACAAUGGGAAGCAAAAUGGCGGCAAGAGAAGCUAAAUGGCUUGUUAGAGGAAAAGAUAAAACCAUACAAACAGAGAAUUGACAAAGGGGUCCUUCAGCAACCUAUCAUCAUCCAAUCUCAGCAGCAAGAAAAUAAGGAUAAAAAAAGGAGGAAAUGGUGGUUUUUCUGAAGCUCAAAUUAGCUGCCAUUGUAUUGCAACUCAUUGUAUCAGCAAAUAUUUAACUUCUGCAGUAAAAAUUUUGCAGGAUAAUAUUGUUGUAUUUCCUUUCACUCAGAGCAGUAAAAUUCAUCAAUAUCACCUUCUUAA